AUGGACCAGAGGGUCAUUCGUGGGCUACCCAGGGAGAUGUCAGUCAAUGACAUCAAAGAGGAUCUAAUGAGCCAAGGCAUCGCAGACGCCGAGGUUCAGCAGAUGACCUCAAGGACCACCAAGAAGCCACUUCCGCUCUUCCUCGUCAAGACGAAGAUGCCGGAAAAGCUUGCAGAGAUCCAGAGGCUGGCCAUGCUCACGGUCAGCUUCGAGAGGAAGAAAAAGUCUUCCGAGCCCAGCCAAUGUUACCGCUGCCAGCGGUACGGGCACACACAGCGGAACUGCCGUCUCGCUGAACGGGAUGUUCAUGAAAGAAGUCGUGGGAGACGGCCAGUGAUACGGUCAGAUCAAAUUCUGCCGGCAUUGAACACAACUUUCUAUAGUACUGAAAAUAGAGUCCAACGGUAA